AUGGCUCGCAAGCGAAAGGACGCCGCUGAAAACAUCAAGCUCCGCCAACCCGACCGAUCCGGCCCGACAGACCAAACGCUUUUGCAGCUGGCCCAGGAACAAGACCUCUUCCGCAGGGCUCAGCAGCAAGAGGCGCAGAUCCGGAAGACCAAGAUCAAGACCAAGGCUCGGAAGUCGGGCGCGGAGAACGACGACGACGACGACGACGACGACGAAGACGACCAAGAUGCGCCGGGCCUCUCCCCAAUAGCCGAGCGCAUCAUGGACUCGGUCCUGUGGACAGUCAGCCUGGCCAUGCUACACUUCACCCUCGAUGUUCUCGUCCAGAACCAAUACGCCGUCCAGAUCUCCUGGUCCGCCGUCUCCACGCGUGCCGUCCAGGCCUUCUUUGCGAUAUACCAAAAUGCCCUGAGACAGGCCAUCUUCUUCGUCGCCAGCAUCGCCGCUGGGUGCUAUCUCAUCCACAUCAGCAACAAAUACGACUAUCUCGCCGUCAUGAAGCAAGCGCCCCCUCUCGGCUGUCUGUGGGUGUGGUCCGUCAUCGAGCUCGACCUGCCCUUUGCCGUCCUUAGCCUAGCAUGUGCUGCCUUGUUCCUGUGGCAGGGGGGCUAUGACUUCAAGUAG